AUGGACGCGUACGAGGCGACGAAGGUGGUGUUCGCGCGGAUCCAGGGGCUGGACCCGGACCACGCGGCCAAGAUCAUGGGGCUGCUGCUCAUCCAGGACCACGGCGAGAAGGAGAUGAUACGCCUCGCCUUCGGCCCGGAGGCGCUGCUGCUCGCCGUCAUGGCCAAGGCGCGCAAGGACCUCGGCCUGCUCCCGGCCUCGGCCUCGGGCCCCGCCACGCCCACCUCCGCCGGCCACUCCUCGCCCUUCAUGCUCUCGCGCCAGAACUCGGGGCGUGGCGGCUGCGGCGGGGGCACGGCGCCCUCGCCGCUCUCGGUCUCCUCGCCCUCGUCCUGGGCCCCGCCGCCGGUGUUCUCCAGGAGCAACAGCGUCAGCAAUGGCAGCGCCGCGGAGGAGAUGGCGGGCGUCGGGGAGGAGCAGCUGAUGAGCCCGGCCAACGGCGGGGGCGGGGGCCCGCAGUCGCCCUUCUUCGGCGGGGAGUCGCUGAUCCUCGACGAGCUCCACCUGCAGGACCAGCUCGCGUUCCUCAGCGAGGGAGGCAUGGGCGGCGGGGGAGGGCGUCAGCAGCUCCCGCUCUUCGACAACGGCGAGUGCCGCAGCCCCAGCGGCGGCGGCGGCGGCGGGCUCUUCCCGUACGGCGCCGCGUGGGCCAACGGCGGGUCCGGGCACCGCAGGAGCGCGUCGGUGAGCGAGCUCUGCUUCGGGGGCGGCGACGGCCUCGGCUGGAAGCCCUGCCUCUACUACGCGCGCGGGUACUGCAAAAACGGGAGCGCCUGCCGGUUCGUGCACGGCGGCCUCCCCGACGACCUCGCCGGCGCCAAGAUGGACCAGGCCUCCGUGGAGCAGCAGUGCCAGGACUUCCUCCUCCGCUCCAAGUCCCAGCGCCUGGCCGCCGCCGCCGGCUUCGCCUACUCCCCCACCGGCUCCCUCCCUGGCUCCCCCUCCGCGGCGAGCAAGUGCCUCAGCUUGCUCCUGCAGCAGCAGCAGCAGCAAAACGACGGCCAAAGGGCGGCGGCCGCGGCGGCCGCGGCGGCGCUGAUGCUGGGCGGCGACGAGGCGCACAAGUUCAUGAACCGCCCCCGCCUCGACCGCGGCGACUUCGCGAGCAUGAUGAACCCGGGGUCCCGGCAGAUUUACCUCACCUUCCCGGCGGACAGCACCUUCCGCGAGGAGGACGUCUCCAACUACUUCAGCAUCUACGGCCCAGUCCACGACGUGCGCAUCCCCUACCAGCAGAAGCGCAUGUUCGGGUUCGUCACCUUCGUCUACCCGGAGACGGUGAAGCUGAUCCUGGCCAAGGGCAACCCGCACUUCAUCUGCGACGCGCGCGUGCUCGUCAAGCCCUACAAGGAGAAGGGCAAGGUUCCCGACAAGUUCAGGAAGCAGCAGGGCGAGAGGGUGGACUUCUCCGGCUGCGGGUCUCCCACCGGGCUGGACGCCAGAGACCCCUUCGAUCUGCACCAGAUUGUUGGUGCGAGGAUGCUGCAGCACUCCAACAGCGCCAACGAGAUGCUGCUGAGGAGGAAGCUGGAGGAGCAGCAGCAGGCGGUGGAGCUGCAGCAGGCGAUCGAGCUCCAGAGCAGGCGCCUCAUGGGGCUGCAGCUGCUGGACCUCAAGACCCGCUCCGCCGCCGCCGCCGCGCCGACCCCCAUCGGGAAGCCGUUCAGCCCCACCCACACUUCUGCCGCCACGCCGACCCUCGAUUCGCCGCCCGAUUCCGGGGAGCAAGGCAAUGGCUGCGGCUUCCUUUUCCCUCACAAGAAUGCGGUCAACGGAGCUGAUAAGGAUGAAACCUCAGGCGAUUCCACCACCAGCCCUAACACUGACAGCGACCAAAGCGCGGAGCAUAACCUGCCGGACAGCCCGUUCGCGUCGCCGACCAAGUCGGGGGCCUUCGCCCGUGAUCCUUUCGCGCCCACCGAGUCGGAGAUCGCCGCCGCCGCAGCCUCGACCGGUUGCAACGCGGCCUACAACGGCGGUAUCAACGGCAAUGGUGCCAGGAACGGCGGCGGCAUUAACCACCAUCUCCUACCUCCAGCAUUGGACAUACCCUCACCAAAACCUUACUUCUUCCCCAUGUCCAGGUGCUGUCCUCCGAUCACGGCGCGGUCGGGAUGUAAAGUAGCGCUGAAUGGAAGUGAGUGA